AUGGCGCAGCCACCACCUCCUAGACCAUCGGGAUACUUCGAGAAGAAGGGCGAGGUCCAUGAGCUGCGGCAGUUGCUUCGAGGUGCGUCGGCGGACCGCGAUCAACAGAAGAAGCGGGAUGCUAUCAAAAAGGUCAUUGCCUAUAUGACCUUGGGCAUCGACGUCUCCCCGCUUUUCAGCGAGAUGGUCAUGGCAAGUGCGACUACAGAUCUUGUACAGAAGAAGAUGGUAUAUCUAUAUCUUGUCAACUAUGCGGAGAGCAACUCUGACCUGGCCAUCCUGGCCAUCAACACGCUUCAGAAGGAUUGUCGGGACGACGAUCCGAUGAUCCGGGGGCUGGCCCUGCGAUCACUGUGCUCCCUGAGCUUAGCCAACAUGGUGGAGUACCUCCAGCCAGCUGUGCAGAGAGCUCUGGAGGAUGUCAACGGCUAUGUUCGAAAGACGGCGGUCAUAGGAGUUGUGAAGCUCUUUUACAUCUCUCCAUCCGUAGUCACAGAGACUGACCUGUUACCGAUGCUGAAGCGGCUUGUAAGCGACAGCGACGCGCACGUGGUCUCCAACACAAUCAGUGCCUUAGAGGAGGUCUUAGCCAGCGAGGGCGGCUAUCACCCCACUGAGGAAGUGAUCACGGCCUUGCUGAACCGCAUCAUGCACUUCUCUGAGUGGGGCCAAUGUGCCAUUCUGAGGCUGCUGACAAAGUACGCCGUAGCCGGCGAGGCAGAGAUGUUUGACAUCAUGAACAUCCUCGAUGGCCUGCUGAAACAGUCCAGCAGCGCGGUAGUCUUGUCGGUGACGAAGAUCUUCGUCGACCUCACGAGCAAUCGCCCGGACCUUCAGCAGGAUGUGCUGCAGAGACUGAAGGGCCCGCUUCUGACACUCAUGGCCGCGGCCAGCACCGAGCUGUCCUACACGGUCCUGGUUCACAUCCACGCGCUGCUCACGCGUGGCCAGCGUCAGAUUGAGGCCUCCACGCUUUGUGCAGAACUCCGAGGGAGUACAAAAUCUCACGCGCCAGCCACACUUUCUCCCGUCGGCAUGUCGGCCAGCAUCACGCGCGAGGAAGUUGCCAAGCAUAACAAGGGCGACGAUGCUUGGAUCAUCGUGGACGGAGACGUGUACGAUGUCACGAAGUUCGCCGGAGUUCAUCCCGGCGGCACCCAGAUCCUUCUGGAGUACGCCGGCAAGGACGCGACCGAGGACUUCUUCGGACUUCAUCGUCUUGAAGUCUUGGACAAGUACCAGCGUCUCAAGAAGGGCCGCUUGGCAGAUGCCGGCCCCGCUCCCAAGCAGGCAGCCGAGCGUGUGACCGAGGUUAGCAAAGUUCCUUUUGCUGAGCCGAGCUACAUGCAGGGCUUCAAGAGUCCCUACUUCGAUGAGUCUCACGUGAAGCUGCGCCUGGCCGCGCGGAAGUUUUUCUGCGGCGAGGCGAUGGAGGAAGCCCUGGAAUGCGAGGUGAAGUCAACAGCGCCCAGCAAGGAGAUGCGAAAGCGCAUGGGCGACCUUGGCAUCAUUGCUAUGGUGCAAGGCCCUGGUGAGCACCUGAAGAUCCCAUCGAGCCUCUGCGGCGGAGUUGUCAAGCCGGAGGAGUUUACCUACUUCCACGAACUGGUGGUGCAGGAGGAGCGGUGCCGUGCCAUGUGCCCAGGCUACGAGGACGGCCUCGACGGUGCGGUGUCCAUUGGUCUGCCAGUGCUGCUCAAAUAUGGCUCAGACUGGAUGAAGAAAGAGGUGGUGCCGGCGAUCGUCAAGGGGGAGCAGACGGUCGUCCUGUCCAUUACCGAGGCCUUCGCUGGUUCCGACGUGGCCGGACUUCGGACCACGGCAGUGCUCGAUGCCUCGGGUGAGAACUACAUCGUGAACGGCACCAAGAAGUGGAUCACAGGCGGCAUGUAUGCGGACUGGUUCGUGACGGCGGUGCGCACGGGCAAGGCAGGUGCCGGAGGCAUCUCCAUGAUGCUGAUCCCCCGCUCCGAUGCGGUGCAGACCAAGGUCAUGAAGACCAAGUACUCCAGCUCGGCUGGCACCGCCUACGUGACGUAUGAGAACUGCAUCGUCCCAAAGAAGUAUAUCAUCAAGGGGGAGAACAAGGGCUUCCAGAUCAUCAUGUCCAACUUCAACCAUGAGCGAUGGAUGAUCACGGUCGUGUGCAUCGCUCGGGCGCGAAUUGCCACGGAGGAGACCUUCAAGUGGGCCAUGCAGCGCAAGGUCUUUGGCAAGCCCCUCAUUGAGCAGGCGGUCAUUCGUGAGAAGCUGGCCCAGAUGUUCGCAGGCAUCGAGACCUGCACCCAGAUGCUGUGGGAUAUCACCUACAACAUGUGCCACGUGGGAACCCAGGGUGCGGAUAUUGGAGCUCGCAUCGCUCUGCUGAAGUAUCAGACGACUCGGAUGAACCACAUGGUUUGCGACAACGCGGUGCAGGUCUUCGGAGGACGUGGCGUGACACAGGGUGCCAUGGGCCGUGCUGUGGAGGUCUUCUCCAGGAUGUACAAGAUCCCUGCAGUCUACGGUGGCAGCGAGGAGAUCAUGGCGGAUCUGGCGGUUCGGACUGCCAUCAAGGCGUACCCGAAGACCGCCCGCCUGUAG